AUGACGGUGACACGCGCCCAGAUUCAAGAACAUAGCAGUCGGCAGUCCUGCUGGGUUGCCAUCCACGGGGCUGUUUACGACGUGACAGAUUUCUUGGAUGAACACCCUGGAGGGUCGAAAGUCAUUCUGCGAUGUGCUGGCCGAGAUGCAACCAGCGACUUUGACUCGGUGCACUCGCCGGAGCUGCUAGCUGAAACGCUACCAAAGAGCGCCCUGCGUGGUCAUAUCGAAGCAGCGGAUUUGGCCGAGAUCACAGAACUUGAAGCAAAUAUGCCAAAGAGAUGUACCAAAAACUCGAAGUCAUCGCCAAAGCCAACAAAUUCAGACUCAGAUGAUCCACCUCCACCCCCACCACUCAAUACUCUUAUAAACCUCCACGACUUCGAGCAAGUCGCGCAACAAUAUCUUACCCCCAAUGCCUGGGCCUACUAUGCCUCUGCUGCCGAUGACGAGAUCAGCAAGCGGAAUAAUGCGAAAGCAUACCAGAAGGUCGCACUCCGGCCUCGCAUACUUAAGAAGAUCCUAGGCGUGGAUACCACCACAUCCAUCCUUGGCCAUUCGGUGGCGCUCCCAAUCUACAUGUCGCCCGUCGGCAUCGCCAAAUAUGCCCACCCAGAUGGAGAGUGUGCCCUCGCGGCCGCAGCGGGCAAAGAGGGACUUGUGCAGGUUCUUGCCAAUGGAUCUAGCAUGUCUGUUGAAAAGGUACGGGAGAGUCGCAUCACGGAAAAUCAACCACUCUUCUUCCAGUUAUACGUCAACCGGGAUAUCUCCAAGUCAGUGGAGAUGGUCAAACGCGCGGUCAAAGCCGGAGCCCGCGCAAUUUGGAUCACUGUUGAUUCGCCAGUCGUUGGGAAACGAGAGAUGGACGAACGCUUGAAUUUAGAUGUUUCUGCGACCGAUAGCGAUGCCCAGGGCGAGGGGGUGGCCAAGAUCAUGGCUAGCUCAAUCUCCCCGUUCAUCGACUGGGAUAUUUUGACCUGGCUACGGGAAUUGACUGAUUUACCAGUGGUCAUUAAAGGCAUUCAGUGUGUUGAAGAUGCAGUGCUUGCUUAUCAACACGGAGUUCAGGGAAUCGUGCUGUCUAACCAUGGAGGUCGCUCCCAGGAUACGGCCCAAUCGCCACUCCUUACUUUACUAGAGAUUCGUAAAUUUGCGCCGCAUAUUCUCGAUAGCAAAAUGCAAAUCUUCAUCGAUGGGGGCAUUCGUCGAGGUACGGAUGUCCUCAAGGCCAUUGCGCUGGGCGCCACAGCUGUCGGCUUGGGUCGACCAUUUCUAUUUAGUCUAUCGGCGGGAUACGGAGAAAGGGGAGUGCGUCGCAUGUUACAAAUCUUACGACAGGAGAUUGAAGCCAACAUGACCUUCUUGGGUGUGACCAGUCUGAAGGAUCUCAAGCCAGAGAUGCUUAAUACCAGCCGGCUAGAACGGGAUUUGGUGGGAAGCGUGAAACUAUAG